GAAUACUGGAUUUUGAUUUAGGUGACACACUGUUAUUGUAACCUUAGGUAAAUUACUUCUGUUGGUAAAAUGAACAUUUACUAAAAUGAUCUAAAUCCUAUCAUCCUGUGAUACGUGGCUUUCGGAGAAGGUUCUAAGCAUUUACACAGGUAGAAGUGGGAGUGGUUGGGGAAGAGAGCCGGCAUCGCCUGGGAUAAGCCAAUAGGAACUAAGUAGCAGGUUUCAACCGCUGGGCGGUCCAGGUCAGGUGGAGCUUGGGAAAAAAUCGAGGGGGGGGGGGGAGUAAGGGCAUAAACAUGGCUUGGGAGCUCGACCGUCUGGUUUUAGGUAAAACUGCUUCUCGCUGGGCUCCUUGAGGUGCAGGGGAAAAGCCCUUCUCGGAGACUGGUCCUUAGCCCUCCCUGGCUUUGAAAUCCUGUUUCGUGGCCUCGGAGACCUAAAUCCCAACGUCUCACUUGCCUAAUGAAGUAGCGAAGCUCAGAGGGGCCCUGACCUUGAGGUCAACUGGGGGGCCGCUACUGGAGUCAGAUCUCCCGGCACACGGUCUCUCCACUGUGAACGCUGAUGUCAGCUGGGUGCUUUCCAGGUUUUAAAGCGCCUUAUGUAGCCUGGCUCGGGGUUUGGCAGUUUCUAUUCUCGGGGAGGAAAAGUAGAAGGAGGGAGGCUGCUGGUGGGCAGCGGGCACUCCUCCGUCCAUCUGCUCCAGACAAGGCUGUAGAAGGACUGCCAGGUGGUGCAAUGGAUGGAAAGCCGGGCCUGGAAUCUGGGGGAACAGGGUUCGCUUCAAUUUCCUCAUCUGUAAAAUAAGCUGGGGAAGGAAAUGGCAAAACCAGUCUAGUAUCUCUGCCAAGAAACUCCCAAAUGGGGUCACAAAGAGUCGGACACGACUGAACAACAACAAAAAGGGCCGUAAUAAUGCAGCCCGAGGGAGUUGUGAGGAAAGCUCUGGGUAAACUGUAAAGCCCUACGUAAAUGUCGGUUCUAAUUUUAGGCCCUUGCACCCGAGCCGAGGCCAGCGCCUCGGGAGGUCCGGCUAGUACGGGGCUAUCGAAAGGUUAGGAGACCAGUUCCAAGGAUUGCGGUGCUCCAGGGAUCAAGAGGAGUAGUUCUAAAGAAGGCAAACGCCCCAUAGGCUACAGUGGCGCUAGCGAGGCAGGGGGCAUAAACCACGUCCCGAAGGGGGAGGUCUCUGUCCCCCUCCUCCCGCUCUUUGGUCUCGUCCGUUCGCCGGGAGCUGGGGGAUGACGUCACCGCCCUCGGACCCGGCAGGGAUUGGUUCGGCGAAAGGGGCGCCGGCGGCGAACGCGACAGAACGUGGAGCAACGCAGGACUGGGAGCCGAAGGUCUCGCGAGAUCUGAGGGCCCUGGGUGUGGGAUGGACGCGGAGCCGGGAGGAAGUGGUCCGCGGCUUCCCGGGCCUUCCUGCCGGCCCGAGACAUGGCCCGGGGCCCCGGCCCGCUAGGCCGUGGCUAUCCCCGCCCGGAGCCCGCCGCCAUGCCCAAGAGAGGGAAACGACUCAAGUUCCGGGCCCACGACGCCUGCUCCGGCCGAGUGACUGUGGCAGAUUAUGCCAACUCGGAUCCGGCAGUCGUGAAGUCUGGAAGAGUCAAAAAAGCUGUUGCCAAUGCUAUUCAGCAGGAAGUGAAAUCUUUGUGUGGCUUGGAAGCCUCCCAGGUCCCCACAGAAGAAGUUUUCUCUGGGGCUGGGGAGCCCUGUGACAGCAGUGAUGAGAUGGAUGCCCAAGAGGAGAGCACCCAUGAGCAAACUAUCUCCAGAAAAAAGAAAAGCAAGAGGCACAAAGAAGACCCUGAAGGGGCUGUUGGAGAAGAGUAUCCCAUGGAUAUUUGGCUAUUAUUGGCCUCCUACAUUCGUCCUGAGGACAUAGCGAAAUUUUCCCUGAUUUGUAAGAACGCCUGGACCGUCACUUGCACUGCCGCCUUUUGGACCAGAUUGUAUCGAAGGCACUACACGCUGGACGCCUAUCUGCCCCUCCGCCUGCGGCCGGAGUCUAUGGAGAAGCUGCGCUGUCUCCGGGCAUGUGUUAUCCGGUCUCUGUACCACAUGUAUGAGCCGUUUGCUGCUCGAAUCUCCAAGAAUCCGGCCAUUCCAGAGACCACUCCCAGCACUUUAAAGAAUUCCAAAUGUCUGCUUUUCUGGUACAGAAAGAUUGUUGGGAACAGACAAGAACCAAUGUGGGAAUUUAACUUCAAGUUCAAAAAACAGUCCCCUAGGUUAAAGAGCAAGUGUGUGGGAGGUCUGCAGCCUCCUGUUCAGUAUGAAGAUGUUCACACCAACCCAGACCAGGACUGUUGCCUCCUACAAGUUACCACUCUCAAUUUCAUCUUUAUUCCCAUUGUCAUGGGCAUGAUUUUUACUCUGUUUACCAUUAAUGUGAGUACUGACAUGAGGCAUCAUCGAGUGAGGCUGGUGUUCCAGGACACUCCUGUCCAGAAUGGUCGGAAACUACGCAGUGAACAGGGUGUACAAGUCAUUUUGGACCCCGUGCACAGUGUUCGUCUCUUUGACUGGUGGCAUCCUCAGUAUCCCUUCUCCUUGAGAGCAUAGUCACUGCCUCCUGUUGGGGCAGCCCUGAGCCAGUUGGAUAAUCCGUUAGUCAUCAGAAUACAACUAGGAAGGGGGCAGCUGGAUUGCCUUUCCUGUUGGUAACUCAAAAUGCUGCUCAAUUUCUGGGGGCUCUCACAUGGGGCAACAGAAGAAUCAAGGGGAGAAACAAUGAUUUGUAAACCUAUUUUAAUGUAAAUUCUGCAUUUGAAAGGAAAAACCUGGCCCUGUUCUUUGCUUUAAAAGCCCUUUUGGUGCUAAUGAGUUUGGUGUCCUUUAUUUUAUUAACCCCAGUGAAAAUAGAUGAUUUUGAUUUGAGAAGAGCUCAGCUUUUUUGAAUCCCAAACUGCCAAGCUUUUGCAUUCCUCUGUGGAUCUGAGUCCCUUGUUGGCCCUUCUGCAUUUAAGCAAAUUUUCUUUCCUCUAGGAAAUAAAACAGGUGGUAGAGUUCUCAGAACUUAAUCAUAAUGAUUUUUUAAAAUGGAGAUAUUUAUUGUUUUAAAUCUCCUUUGGCCACAUAGUAAUUUUAGAUGCUUCUCUACAUAAUGCUUGAAUUUGGGAUUUCCUGAGAUAUAUUAAAAGAGGUAGCAAGAUGUAUCUGUAGAUGAAAAGUGAGGAUUUGAAAUUUGUCUUCUGUUAGGUGAUAGUGAAAUUUUACAAUGAAAAACAGGAAAGUUCUACAGGGAAGACAUUGUUAUUCUUUUAGAAAUAAGCAGGGGGACAUUUAAACCAUUAAAAGAAUAAAAGUGAUUCAUCAGUUCUUUUGUAAAAUUGGCUUCCUGGGCUAAAUAGGAAGUCCUGAUAUACCUUACCUUACUUUGCAUUUAGCUGCCUCUGAGGUCAGCCUGGUUGCCUCCUGAAACCUGAUGUGCUGCAGCUUUUGCACAUGUGUUUAUUUCCUGUAGUAGAAAGGGGGUAAAGUGUUUCUGAAGCUGGUGAUCUAAGAAAAGAGAACCACUGUUUUCUGUAAAGCUACCUUGCUGAUUUCUGAUGAUCUUAAGGUAUCAGUGAUGGUGGUAGUGCUUGGCUGGGUAGCUGGAUCACAUUUAGAGGUUAGCACCAAAAUGAAGCUUCCUAUGUGUCAACCCUGUGGAGGGAACUAAUAACAUAGGUCAAGUCUCUAAGUAAAUAUUUACCCCUUUGCUUUUUCUACUGCAUGAGUGCUGGAACAUGCUCCUGAGGAAUUGCUGCCUGAUAAUGCAGCUCUGUCUGUCUUUAGGCCUGUCCAGCCUCAUUCCAUAUUUUGUGUGGUAAAAGAACUGUAAACAGGAUGGGAGACUAGGAUGGCAACAGCAGCAUUUGGGGUUGUCCCCAAGGUAAAGGAAGAUUCCUUAAAAACCCUACUAUAUAAAACUGGCCCUGCUCCUUUUUUUUUUUGUAGUGAGAUGGCCUAAUAGGCUCCCUGAAAUCAAACUACAGGAUAUAUAGGAUGACUUUGGAAGACUGAAAUGAAAUUAUCUCUUCCAUAUGUGUUUUGAUUUGACUUCUGUCUUGUUCAUCUCCUUUCUUCUUACAAAAUCAAACUUGAAGCUUAUUGUACAAAAACAGUGCCAACACUAGAUUUUGGCUCAGCUGUCUAGUUGGCAUAAGGCUCCUCAUUUCUCAGAUUUAGUGAUUAAUCAGAAGAUCUUGGUUUGAAUGCUAACUUUGCUAAUUUUAGUGACUAGGUGAUUUUAGGCAAGUCACCCCUCUAAGCUUUGAGUUUCCUCAUUUGUAAAAUGGAAAAAAUAUCUGCCUCACAAUUUGGUUGUGAGGUAAGUGCUUUCUAAACUUUGAAAGCACUGUGUGUGAGUUGUGUCAUUAACUUUGUGGCCUUAGAUGUGCCAUUUGCCCAGGUACUAUUUCUAGACAUUUUUUAUCAUGGAUGGGAGGUGGGGGGAGAAUAGAUUUGCAUGCUCCAAAGCCUUUAACUUUGAGGAUGCUUCUCUCUUCCCCACUCCUACAUUUAUGUGAUGGUUAUGGGUAAUGGAAUGUUUUGGCCUGCAAGUUUUAACACUUAUACUUUCCUUCCAUUUUUUUCCCCCUAUGAAUUAACUGUCUUCCAAGAGAAUCUGCUUAGGUAAAAGGGCCUAUAAUUUCUCCCCUAGAGAUGGGUGUGUAGUUGUAUGACUCAUUGGGAUUUGAAUUACACUUGAUUCCCCCCACUUUCUUCAUAAAACAGGAAAAUGAAAUGACAGGAAAUAUUUUUGGAGAAGGAAAAAAGAAGAGCAAGGCUCUAUGUGCCAUCCUUCUGCUGCAUAAACUAGUAUUUGCUACUGAAAUAGAACAUGUUAUGUAUAUAUUUAUAAAUACAUAUGUACACAGUGCUGCAUGUAUAUAAAAAUUCUUCACACUUA